GAAUUACCCUGGCUAGUUCUGGCUUCUAUAUGAAAAACCCUUUGAGCUACAUUUGCAAUUCAUUCAGCUUGUCGGUGCCUCCGAGCGCGAUAAGCAAGAUUGCCUGAACAGCCAAGGCGGCAUGCAACGGCGCCGACCCGCUCAAACGUAAAGAACGUAGCUCGGAUCUUUUGGUAUGGGAGUUCAAGGCCUUACCACCCAGCUUGAGGCUGGCGGAAGGCCUCAUGUUGUUACGCUGUCCAUGGGCGAGGCUUCAACUCGCAAGGAAAACCUUCUGCUGGUCGACUCAUCAGCUGUGGAAUACUACCUGAUAAAGAAGCUGCUAGCCAUCCUGGACUGGAAAUCAACCCGUUUCCACAAGCGCCUUUACUACGAGACAUGCCGCUAUUACGGCGGCCUGCAACGCACCGGUCUUCGCUGCGUCCUGAUCGCUGACAGCGCUGCGGAUCCCGGCUUGGAAGCGACGUACGUUGUCAGGAGGCAGGCGUCGUUGGCCGCGGGUCAUUAUUUCAUGCCGCCAACCGCUGCGCCCGUGAUGCUCCAGGCCUACCUCGAUUUGGGUCUGGAGGUGGUACGGAGCCUCCACGGCGCCGAUGAGCUGCUGCUGGCCUGGGCGGUGCGCGACAGUGCCUCGCUGUUUGCAGUGCUAACUAACGACUCGGACUUCUACGUGUACGGCACCCCAAGGAUUGUCAAGGCCCAAGAUGUGGUGGUCGAUGCGCGCAGCGUGACCUUCCACACCUGGUCAACGGACGAGCUCUGGCGGUGCUGGCGUGCCACCGCCCUCAUUGCAGUCGGUCCCGGCCGCAGUGGCGCCGCCGCCGCUGCCGCGUCGUCCGUUCCGCCGCUGCUGCGACGCGCACAAGUGGCGGCGGUGCUAGGAAACGACGCCGGCAAGGGCCUCCGCCACCGACUGGAGAUGCGGCGUAAAGUUGCCAACCGCGGAGCAGCAACCGCUGCCGCCACUCCCAACGUGGCGGCUCGCGCUGUCGUACAGCUCCCUGAUCCGCCGGAGCCGCUGACGUUGGAGUUCUUUCGCCGCGAGCCGGUACGGCUGCGCAACUUCACCGACGCUGAUCUGGCGACGUUCAAUGCCAUCGUACAAGCCUAUAUGGACCAGUACGCGGCGGCGCGCGACGGCUCAGCGCUCCGAAACCUGACGCUAUCGCCUGCGGUGGUGCCCUGGCUUAACCCCGUCGUGGCGGCGCGUCUGGCGGCGGGCGCUGCCGUACCGUCGCUUCUGCCGGCCUUGGCGUGCCGCGGACUGUGUUCCCUUGUCGUACCGGAGCCCUUCUGGUCGCCGCAGCUGGCGUUACGACGACGCGUGGCGGCGCUUCUGUUCGGCGACCGAGCCCCUGGCGUGUCGUACGAGUACGACGCUAACGGCAACGCCCUACACGUGCUCGUACAAUCCGCAGCGGCGGCGGAGGUUGCGGAGCGCGCGGAGUGGUUCCAACCCGCUCGCCACCUGCCCGACCUCACCAUCAUCCAAGACGGUGCGGAUGCCGUACCCGCAGUCGCCCGCCAGGCGACGCUGGAGGAGACCGUACGGCACCUCCGGGAGGUCUACCCCGGCCUGCCGCCGGCACUCGUCACCGUAUACGCCCUCCUGCUGCACGCAGUGGACCCAGAUGAGGCCGCAUGGGACGAGCAACAAGUACGGCAGCUGCUGCUGCCGAGGGUGCCCAUGAGGCUGGGAGCGGCGCCGGCGGCGGCUGUAGCAGGGGAGGCCGCGGAUGAGGAGGGAGACAUGGAUGAUGGGGCGGCGGCACCGGCUGCAAAUGGUGGGCCUCGUCACGGCGCUCCAAUCGUGGAUGUGGGCAGCGCGCUGAACACGGAAGACUGGAAUGAUAUCGACGCCAAGGAC